CGCAGGUUCUUCGUUUUGAAUUUGGCGCCAACUACAGUCGUUCACGGGCCCACUUCCGGCCUUCGUGGUGCAGUGUGGGUAUUUCUCAGCACGUGAUUGUGGUGGGAAACUCGAAAUGGCGUCGGUGGAACAGAACGCGCGUCUCUCCGCAGAAAUCUCAGUAUCCACGACUUUGUCGUAUCCUAAGACCAUCCCCAGAGAUAGCACCAGCAGCAGUGGUUGCAGUGACAGUGAGGAGAGAAGUACCACGUCAGCAUCCAUGUUAGAAGUACUGAAGAUGGCAUCACCUCAGCAACACAAGCGCAGGAAAGUCAAGUCAUUCAAAGACAGGUCAAAAAUGUCAACUGCAUCUCCAAAGAGAAGGAAGCUUCAGACUCUCCAGCUUACAGCCAAACCCGGCCAACUGGCUGGCAAUAACACCAUCCUAAGGUUCCUUGACAAGAAAAGCACCAAGAGGAAAAGCUGCUCGGACGGAGAGCGCAACAAGCCAGUCAAACUACCAAGGGCUGACUUGGUAUCACGUACAACAACAACUACAACCCCUGUGAUCUUCCAAGACCAAGACUCUUCUAACGAAAGCAGCAGUUGUGAGGAUAGGAAGUCUCUUGCACAGGAGGCACUAGAUAUCAUGAAGAAUGAGCCUACGCCUGAGUCCUACUGGCAGGAUGUUGCAGAGGAGAGGAGACUGGCACUAGUUGACACACUGAAGGAAAAUGAAGAACUUCACCAACAGCUGGACGAGAAGAAAGCUGUGAUCAAGGAGAAGGAGGAAGUGAUUCAGGAUCUGACAGAGGAAAAUGAAACUCUGAAGAAGAUGGCUGAGCAGGCUGAGGACCUUCUAGCUAUCUUAAAGCCAAUAACUGAAGAUGAGGAGAACCCAAAGAGUGAAGACAAUGCAGUGUACAAUGCUUCAUCAGCUGCAGCUUCCUCCCACACAGAGGAAGGAGGAGCCACAUCACAUCAAGGAUCUGGCGGCACCUGAUUUGCUUGACACAGAACUUUUGUUAGCAUUUUUCAGACCUGUAAAAUGUCCUGUGAUGAAUUGGUUAGAAUCACUGUUUUUUCUCUGCAUGCUGUAUAUAUUUUGCAAUGCUGCUAGUUUUAACUUAAAGUAUUUUUUUAUGCAUGUUGUACUGGAGAAACUACCGGUAACAAGCUAUGCGAUUAACAUUUUGUAAAAGGAUUGUUUGCCGGGGCCAACAUUUCUAAUCUCUGCCUUGUUCAGAACAUGCAAAAAAAAACAUCUAAAGUCAGGCAAUCAGCAUACUUUUUUGUGUAUUAUUCUUUGUCUGUUAUAUGUUUAUCCAAUAAAAUGUCUCUUC